CCACCGGGCGCGGACGCGACGGAGCGGGCGGCGAAGAUGGCGGACGAGGAGGCCGAGCAGGAGGGCGGCCCGGCGGCGCUGCGGCGGCUGGGCCUGCGCCUCCAGGACCUGGAGCGGCGGCUGCGGGACAGCCGGGAGGCCGCCGUGGAGGCGGCCGCCGACUACUGUCAGCAGCUGUGCCAGACACUCCUUGAAUAUGCUGAAAAGUGGAAAGCCUCAGAAGAUCCCUUACCUUUGUUGGAGGUAUACACAGUUGCUAUCCAAAGUUAUGCUAAAGCACGACCUUACCUUACCUCUGAGUGUGAAAAUGUAGCAUUGGUGUUGGAACGCUUGGCAUUAAGCUGUGUUGAACUUUUGCUAUGUCUGCCUAUUGAAUUAUCAGAUAAUCAGUGGGAAGAGUUUCAGUCAUUGGUUCAGGUAGCUCAUGAAAAGCUUCUGGAGAAUGGCAGUUGUGAAUUGCAGUUUUUGUCUAUUCUUGCUCAAGAAACAGGAGUGUGGAAGAACCCGGUGCUGUCUUCUAUUCUUUGCCAGGAGCCAGUGGACAGGGAUAAAGUGAAUGAAUUUUUAGCCUUUGAGGGUCCCAUCCUGUUGGAUAUGAGAAUUAAGCAUCUAAUCAAAGCAAAUCAGUUAAAUGAAGCAACUAACCUGGCAAAAGUAUGCUCUGACCACCCCAAGAUUGCUGCAAAAGGCAGUUUUAAGCAAACCUACCUUGUCUGUCUUUGUACCUUGUCACCAAAUGAAAAGUUAAUGGAAGAGAUCUCAGAAGUUGACUGCAAAGAUGCACUAGACAUGAUCUGUAACCUAGAAUCUGAGGGUGAUGAAAAAAAUGCUCUCGUUCUAUGCACUGCAUUUUUAUCCCGGCAACUACAGCAAGGAGAUAUGUAUUGUGCGUGGGAACUCACUCUCUUUUGGAGCAAAUUGCAGCAGAGGGUAGAGCCAUCCGUACAAGUGUACCUAGAGCGGUGUCGUCAGCUUUCCCUGUUAACUAAAACAGUCUAUCACAUUUUCUUCCUGAUUAAAGUUAUUAAUUCAGAGACCGAAGGCGCUGGACUUGCAACCUGCAUUGAAUUGUGCGUGAAAGCUCUCCGCUUGGAAUCCACUGAGAGCACUGAAGUAAAAAUAUCCAUUUGCAAGACCAUUUCCUGCUUGCUGCCUGACGAUCUGGAGGUUAAACGUGCAUGUCAACUGAGCGAAUUUCUUCUUGAGCCCACAGUGGAUGCCUAUUAUGCUGUUGAAAUGCUAUAUAACCAACCUGACCAAAAAUAUGAUGAAGAAAAUCUUCCAAUACCUAAUUCAUUGCGCUGUGAGCUCUUGCUUGUGUUAAAAACUCAGUGGCCCUUUGAUCCUGAGUUCUGGGACUGGAAAACCUUAAAGCGUCAGUGUCUGGCUUUAAUGGGAGAGGAGGCGUCUAUCGUGUCUUCGAUAGAUGAGCUAAAUGACAGUGAGGUAUAUGAGAAAGUGGAAGACUACCAAGAAGAGGUAAAAGAAACAUCAGUGAACGGCCUUGCUGGGUGUUUUGCUGAAGCCUCAAGCCUUCUGAAGGACAUACGUGAUGAAAAGGAGAAGAAGAGGGAAAUAAAAAAAUUGAGAGAGCGAGGUUUCAUAUCAGCUAGGUUUCGGAACUGGCAGGCUUACAUGCAGUACUGCGUGCUCUGUGACAAAGAAUUUCUUGGCCAUAGGAUCGUAAGGCACGCACAGAAACAUUUCAAAGAUGGGAUUUACAGUUGUCCCAUCUGUGCUAAAAACUUUCAUUCUAAGGAAACCUUUGUUCCUCACGUGACUCUCCACGUGAAGCAGUCUAGCAAAGAAAGGCUGGCUGCCAUGAAACCUUUGAGAAGGUUGGGGCGGCCUCCUAAGGUACCAAGCACCCCUGAGAGCCAGAAGACCAACAUUGUAGCCAAGCAAGAACAGCGUCCCAUAAAAAAGAACAGCCUGUACUCGGCAGAUUUUAUCGUAUUUAAUGACAACGACGGUUCAGACGAUGAAAAUGACGACAAAGAUAAAUCUUAUGAACCAGAAGCGAUCCCAGUUCCAAAGCCGAUCCCUAUUAAUGAAUUCACUUGCCCGGUGACGUUCUGUAAGAAAGGUUUUAAAUACUUUAAAAACUUGAUCGCUCACGUCAAGGGGCACAAGGACAAUGAGGAAGCUAAGCGUUUUCUUGAAAUGCAAAGCAAAAAAGUAAUUUGCCAGUACUGUAGGCGGCAUUUUGUAAGCGUAACCCAUCUCAAUGACCAUUUACAAAUGCACUGUGGCAGCAAACCCUAUAUCUGUAUACAGAUGAAAUGUAAGGCGGGUUUCAAUAGUUACGCUGAACUGUUAACGCAUAGAAAAGAGCAUCAGGUCUUUAGGGCAAAGUGUAUGUUUCCCAAGUGCGGUCGAGUGUUUUCAGAAGCCUACUUGCUCUAUGAUCAUGAAGCACAACACUAUAAUACAUAUACCUGCAAAUUUCCAGGCUGUGGGAAGAUUUACCAUUCUCACAGUGAGCUAGAAAAGCACCUGGACGAUCACAACGCUCUUCCGGAAAACGCACUGCCUCUUGAGGGACAAACCAAUUCCUCAGGCGAGUCCGUCCAGCCUUCAGAGUCAGGCGAAAAUGCCGAGGGGAAUGGAAAGAAAGAGAACCCCCUGCCUCCUUCUGAGACCAGCUCCAGGGACCCCUUCAUCCCUGGAGGACGUUCUCGGGAGCAAAGCAAAAUGGAAGCCGUUGCCAUGGAGCGAGCCAAAGUUCCUGCCCCGACGCUUAAGCAGACUGAGACUUUGACAACCGGUGGUUUGGAGACCCCUGUUACGGCUCUGCUGGAGCCAAGCCAAGCAGCUGUGCUGGCCAGCAACUUCAAGGUACCCGCCCUCAGCCAGAGGGUCCAGGAGAACCUGGAGAAGCAGAGAAAGAUAGUUGCUGCUGACAGGGUGCCGGAUUCCAGUCCAGCGGUAGCUACACGGUUAGGCAGCGUCGCCGAGAUGGUUUGUAACGAUUCUAGUCUUCCAGGCUUGCGGGAGAAAAAAGGAAGGGAUGGCUUAAGUCAGGCCCAGCGGGUUGAAAAUGUCUUGGUAAAUUCAGACACUCUUAAAAUAGACGGUCUGGCACCCGAAAACUUGGAGAGACGAGUUAGCAAUAUGAUGACUUUUACUUUGCAAAGUCAGUCAGGUUUUCGAAACAACCUGCCCCUAUCCAAGCCGCCCGAGGCCAACAGAGCCGCACCUAACCGCUACAGUGUCCCGCUUAAGGCAUUAGAAGCUAUCCCAUUUGCUCCGCCCCAGCCUGGCCUGAGCAAUCCUUUAGCUGCUCCACCUGCCCCCCAGCCAACCGCUCCCAUUCAGAAAUUCAGUUGCCAGGUUGAGGGGUGCACUCGAACCUACAAUUCUUCCCAGAGUAUUGGCAAGCACAUGAAAACAGCCCACCCUGAUCACUACGCUGCGUUUAAACUGCAGCGCAAAAGCAAAAAAAGCCAGAAAUCCAGCAGCGUUUUCAAUGUGCCGAAUGAUGGGAAGCUGGUCUAUUUUUUGCCCUCCCAGGUAGGCAGCUCCACUAAUGGCGUUUUUAUUCCACAAACCAAAACCAGUGUGAGUCCUCCUUGUUCGGCCCAGUUGCAACAGGUCUCCACUCCCCUUUUUCCAACCCACUUGGAAGGUUUGUCCAAUCCGAUGUUACCUUCAGUGGAAAGUGUCAUAAAUCCAGGGUUAUCACCUCAUGUUAAGAGUGAGCCGGGCAAUGUUCUGUGUCCCCAAGUGGAAACACUGUCUAAUGCGACUUUACCAUCCCAGUUGGAGGAUUUGGCCAAGACGGUUAUGCCGCUCGGGAUCGACAGUGGUUCAGAUCCUUUCCUCCCUCUGCCGGCCGAAAGUGGUUCCGUUUCUCUUUUCCAUUCCUCGGAAGAUGGUGGGGCUCAUUCAGUCUUCUCUCAGCUGGAAAACAGUACCAAUCACUUUUCCUCCCAGAUGGAGGGAAACUCCAAUUCUGCCUUCAUAAAGGAGGAAAGUGUUGAAGAUGCAGUUUUUCCUUCACAAGUCAACAGUGCGAGCAGCUUCGGCGACUCCACCACCCAUCCUCCAGCUCCAGAAAAGGUGAAGAAAGACCGAGGGUGGGGCCAGAAUGGGAAAGAGAGGAAGCCAAAGCAUAAUAAAAGGGCAAAGUGGCCAGCGAUUAUCAGGGAUGGUAAAUUUAUCUGUAGCAGGUGCUUUCGGGUGUUUACUAAUCCCAGGUCACUGGGUGGACACUUGUCCAAACGGUCCUCUUGUAAGCCUCUUGAAGGAGCAGAAAUCUCCCAAGAAGCUAUGCAGAGUAGUGGACAGCCUUCUCUUCUUGCCAGUAUGAUACUUUCAUCAAAUGCAAUAAACUUACAGCAACCACAACAAUCUACCUUCAGUCCAGAAGUGUGCUUUAAAGACACUUCAUUCCUUCAGUUGCUUGCAGCUGAGAACCGCCCAUCUACGUUUUUGCAGAAUUCCUUCCCUCAGACGGGUGUAACUAACUUUAAUGCCAGCGGGAACGAAGAAGGGAGUGAAAUCAUUAAGCAAGCCUUGGAAACCGCUGGCAUUCCCAGUACAUUGGAGAGCACAGAGAUUCUUUCACAUAUAGUUCCAACUAGUCGUGUCACUGGCUCGACACAAAUAAACACAGCAGUUAUGCCCAAUCCAGCAGUAACGCCAUUGUUACAGACUGUGUGUCACCCAAACUCCCUGCUAACAGACCAAAACAGGAUACUAAGCACCAAAACUCCUUCCAUCGACGAAUGCAGCAACGUGUCUGUCUUUCCAGGAGACCAGUUACUACUAAAGACUGUUGAAAAUGGUUUGUGUUCCAAUUCUUUUGCCAAUUCUGUUGCCGGGCCCCAGAGCUCACGGGUUUCAGUUAUAAGUGGUCCCCAGAAUUCAGGAUCUAGUCAGUUAAAUAAAAAGGGGAGCAGUGCUUCCAAGAGAAAGCGGAAAACUGCUGCUCCAUUGCCUGCCUCUAAUACAUCUCAAACUUUGGGAACAAACGAUUUAACCACAAUGGGGCUAAUGGCCAAGGGCAUUGAAGGAAAUCCCCAGGUGCCAGCAGAUAGCCUUCAGUCGAACUUAAUGUCAAACCGUGAACCUCAGGCUUUGGUGGGAAAUCUGACACAGAAGUUGAAUAACGUUGACAAUCAGUUGUUUAUGGCCAGUAUCAAAGAAACCUUCAAAGCAAAUCUUGAGUCCCAUUCAGCAUUAGCUCCUUUACCUAUAAAGACUGAAAAUGGUGAUUCCCAAAUGACGUCUUUGAAUUCAUGCGGUGCUCCAGUUAACUCUGAUUUGCAGCAUUGCAGCGACAGUGUUAUCCACAACUUCGAGAAGACCCUUGAAAUUAUCAAGACCGCUAUGAAUUCUCAAAUUCGCGAGGUAAAAAAUGAAAUCCAGGAUGUUAUUAGCCGGUCGCCCCAGAAUUCACAGAUGCAUUUUACCAUUCAGCCCCCUUCCAUAAACUCUGCACUAAACGCAAAAUUACCCGAUGUUUCUCAAUUUCCGUCACAGGCUAGGGACACCCCUACCAACAGCAUCUGUCAUCAAACUGAGGCGUCACAUAAAGAUGAUAUUCAAGUCUUAGAAAUUUUGGAAGGUUUGAAGAAACUGAAUUUGGAAAACAACACAGCCAUUCCAGCGCCGGUCAGUACCCCCCAGAGUCCACCAGUGGAGGAUAGAGCAAUACCAUUAACUCCCGCUCCUGUUGUCCCAGCUCCAAGUACAACUGUUUCCCAGCCGACUUCUGAAACUGGAAGUAGUAACAUUCAGUAUAGUGAUAAAGUCAAUAAACCUUUUGUCUGUCAAGAUCAAGGCUGUAAUUACAGUGCCAUGACGAAAGAUGCCCUAUUUAAGCACUAUGGAAAAGUGCAUCAGUAUACUGCAGAGAUGAUCAUGGAAAUCAAGAAGCAUCAGCUGAAGUACGCUCCCUUCAAAUGCGUGGUCGCUACGUGUCCGAAAACGUUUACGAGAAAUUCGAACCUCCGGGCCCAUUGUCAGUCGGUACACCAAUUCACAACAGAAGAAAUGGUAAAAUUAAAGAUAAAAAGACCUUACGGAAGAAGGUCUCAAAAUGAAAACGGAACGGCAGCCCCUCGAGCCGUGGAGGCCAAAAAGCAGCAGCCUCUGACCGUGGAAGACCAAGGCCAGACCCAGCCGGCUAAGGAAGCUGAGGUGAAGAAAGAAGUUGCCAUAAACAUUUUGGCAGUCGUCCCGGAAAAAACACUUCCAGAAAAAAAACUUCCUGAGAAAGUGGAAAAUCCUCCACCAGUCAUUACAGCUCCUUUAGAGCCAGUUGAUGUGGUUCCUCUGACUAGCGUUCAGCCCAAAGCUCGCAAAAUCCGGAAGCACAAAAAAGAAAAGGAGGAAAGGAAGCGCAGAAAACCGGUCCCCGAAUCUCUCGAGUUGCCAACAAGAUACAGCCCCUACAGACCAUAUCGAUGUGUCCAUCAGGGUUGCUUUGCGGCUUUUACAAUUCAGCAGAAUUUGAUUCUUCAUUACCAGGCUGUACACAAGUCCGAUCUACCUGUUUUCUUGGCGGAGGUUGAAGAGGAGAACGUAGCCACCAGGGAGAGCGAGGAAAGAGCAGCCACCCAAAAUGUGUCAGAGUUCCGGUGUCAGGUGAGCGACUGCUCUCGGAUUUUUCAGGAGAUUCCUAGUCUGAUACAGCACUACAUGAAACUCCACGAGAUGACUCCCGAGGAUGUCGGAAACCUGACCUACCCCGUGAACGUCGGAAGGUUCCCGUGCGAUCAGCCGCAGUGCAAAUCUUCGUUUACGUCGUAUUUAAACUAUGUCCUUCACCUCGAGAAAGACCAUGCUAUUAAGACGAGGCCAAGCAAAAUCGAAGAUGACGGGGUCUACAAAUGUGACUGUGAAGGAUGUGACCGGAUUUAUGCAACUAGAUCUAACCUCUUAAGACACAUUUUUAAUAAACACAAUGAUAAGCAUAAAGCUCACCUAAUUCGGCCCAGGAGAUUGACACCGGGCCAGGAAAACAUUUCAAGCAAGGCAAACCAAGAGAAAUCCAAGGCCAAAUCUCGGGGACCAAAACCCAGCAAGUCUGGCAAAGAGGGAAGCAAGGGGCCCGCCAAAACCAAACGAAAGAAAACCGUGAACUUGGAAAACAAGAAUUUGAAGAGUGGGCAGAUUCAGGAAAAUAAGCCUCCUUCUCUAAAACGUGGGAAGCAUGUGUAUGUCCUGAAAGCUAGAAAUGAUGCCUUGUCUGAGUGUACGAGCAGAUUUGUAACUCAGUAUCCUUGUAUGAUAAAGGGGUGUUCUUCCGUGGUUACAAGUGAAAGCAAUAUAAUCAGGCAUUAUAAAUGCCAUAAAUUGUCCAAGGCCUUUACCUCUCAACAUCGAAGUCUUCUUAUUGUCUACAAAAGACGCUGUAGCAUGCAAGUGAAAGAAACCUCUUCUGAACAAGAAGAGGUUGACAAGAAAAGCGAUGUGAAAGAAUCGGACACCUGCUUGUCAGAGAGCAGUGACGAUUCAAGUACGGCCGCCAUCCCGCGGAGGGAAUUGGGGAAAGAUGAGAAAGAUGAAAUGGAUGAAUUGACAGAAUUGUUUAUCACCAAAUUAAUCAAUGAAGACAGCACAAGCACAGAGACUCCUGCUAAACCCUCCUCCAGCGUAAACUGUGACUUUCAGGAAAGCGACACCUGCCCCCCGGAAAAGCAGAAAUCAAAUAAUUUGAAGAGACCAAAUAAAGAAAAGAAUGUCUCCCAGAAUAAAAAGAGGAAAGUGGAAAAACCCGAGGAAAUAUUGGCUGUUGAGCUAAGCAGCAUGCACCGGGAAGAAGAAACGGCGGUUGCGAUUCAAACCACCGAGGAGCAGGCCUCCAGUUUUGACUGGAGUUCAUUUAAACCAAUGGGAUUUGAAGUAUCGUUCCUCAAAUUUUUGGAAGAGUCUGCUGUAAAACAGAAGAAAAGCACCGACAAGGAUUGCCAGGGCGAUGGAACGAAAAAAGGAGCACAUUCAAACUCCAGGAAAUCCAGUGACAAGACUUCUCUGGUGGGGGGCAAUCUCCUGUGGCCGUAUCCUGAGAGCGAAACCCAUGUACAGUUUGCCAAUCCGUCGCAACUUCAGUGUAGUGACAAUGUAAAAAUUGUUUUAGACAAAACUCUCAAAGACUGCACUGAGCUUGUGCUGAAACAGCUUCAAGAAAUGAAGCCAACUGUCACGCUGAGAAAACUGGAAGUGCGUUGGAAGGAUCCAGAUCUUUUAGUGGCGAAAGAAAUCAGAGUGGGUAGGGAGGAUGGGGAAUCGCAGUACUUAUAAUUAAUGUGCCCUAAAUCUGACAGAUACCUUUUUAUUUUGAAUAGGAAGCCAUCCAGCAUGUUAGUAAUUGUGAAGCUUUUUUAUUAUUCUUUUUGUUGAAGUGAUUUUUAACCUGGAGAAAAAAAAUCAUGGCACUAGUCAUGUAAAGUUUUUUUGUUUUUAUCCCUAUGGGACUUGAGGAAGAGAAUCAUUGCUUCAGUUUUUGUAAAUAGCCGAGCUGAACCUCAAAUUUCUAUCAAUGAAUUGUCCUUUCCAUGAACUAAAUCUUUGUGAAUUGUCUGUGAUUGGUAUCUUUCACCAGGUCACUGCUCGUGUAUAACAGUUUUCUUUAUUUGUAGAUACCUUUUUUGUAUAUAUUUAUUAUUGUAAAUCAUGUGCUGCACCAGCAGUCUGUAAGUCUAAACUAUUAAAUGACACAUUUAUAUUUGGAAUUUUAAUUUGUAACUAAGUGAUCAAGUUUUUAAAAUUGUCCUUUGUGUUUUAAAUUAAGAAGUUUUUGAACUAAAACUAGAUAAGUCUGCCAUAUCCAGUUUAUUUUGCAUAAAGGAUUUAUUUACAAGAGAAACUCAAUAAGGUCCACAUUUCAUAGGAUGAACACUGACGUCGUAGUCGUGUUUGUAAAUUAAACAUCCAGUAGUCUUGGAUGGUAUUCAUAUGUAGUCAACUCAGAUCCUUUAAUAGUUUCCUACACUUUUUUCAUUGCUUUUAACUGGAUACAGAGUUAUUAUGAGUCCAUAAAAUAGAAUGGAAAUGUGAAUAUAUAGAAUUUACUAAAUUGGAGAUUUUAAACAACAUUUGGUAUUGGCAAAUGAGUUGUGAAUGUGAUAGAAGAUUUAGCAGUGUGGAGCGGUGUAUAUAUUUGAGGUGGUGAUUUGUGAAGUAGCCCAGUAUUGCCUUAAAUAAAAUCACAUUUCAUUUCUUGGUUUAUA